CUGAUCACAGUGUGGUCGGUCAAACGUAAGAGAGCACUCCGAGCUAGUUAGCUUGUUUGAAAAAACAAACAAAUUGUGAGAAAAAGGAAACGAUAUUUUAGUUGUUUUACUUUUUCUAUUAACCGAGUUAAAGGUUUUUGGGCCUGAGUAUUUACUUGUUAAAUUAAUAAACUUCUCUAUAAUUUUUAUUAAAACUUAAGAAGAUUGUGUAGGUAUUUUAAGAUAUUAAAAGAAAAAAGUAAUAAACAAUGAAACAGAGAGAGUAUAAGCUGUGUCCCUCUCAUGUCUCUGUUUUCAUCUUCCCUUUUUCUUUCUAUACGAACAUGAAAGUCCUACGUCCUCGUUUCAUUUCCAAUGUCAUUGUUUCUCAGGUAUCAGAAUCUAGCACCUGACUCGUUUCACAUCUGGCUUUCGGUGAGUUGGCUCGCCAGAGCUCUUUCUACUCGUUGAAUCUCUUUCUACUCGCAAGUUAGAAACAUCUCAGUUUGCAUCGAAAUGGUAAUGAAGAUACAAAACCCAUAACAAAAGAACAAUGCCCAACAGCCUCUUUUCUUCAAAGAUAAUGGAAUGGCAAAACGCGGAUUGCUCAAAAAAAUUGCGGGUGAUCUUUCAUUGCCUGACUCUUCUUCUUUCUCUAAGCUCUUGGAUUCAUACAUCCAAUCCAAGUCUCUCCUUGAUGUCCAUCGCCUACAUGCACGUAUCAUCAAGUCCCAUUUUGCGUCAGAGACUUUUAUCCUCAACAGGCUUAUCGAUGCCUAUGGCAAAUUGGGCUCCUUGGGCAAUGCCCGCAAGGUGUUCGACAGAAUGCCCCAAAGAAACAUCUAUUCUUGGAACGCGGCCAUAACUGCCUUGACGAAAUUUGGUUUCGUUGAUGAGGCAGCAAAGAUUUUUGGGUCCAUGUCUGAGCAUGAUCAGUGCUCGUGGAAUUCGAUUAUAUCAGGGUUUGCUCAGCAAGACAAAUUUGAAGAAGCUCUUUAUUAUUUUGUUAGGAUGCAUAGAGAGGAUUUUGUAAUUAAUGAGUACUCAUUUGGUAGUGCUCUUAGCGCUUGUUCUGGGUUGAAGGACAUGAGAAUGGGUACUCAAAUCCAUGCUUUGAUGACGAAGACUCUGUUCUUAUCUGAUGUUUAUAUGGGCUCUGCUCUUGUUGAUAUGUAUGGAAAAUGUGGAAGUGUCUGCUGUGCCCAGAGAGGUUUCGAUGAUAUGAGUGAAAGGAAUAGAGUGUCUUGGAAUAGUUUGAUCACUUGUUAUGAGCAAAAUGGUCCCGCUGGAGUAGCUCUUGAGGUUUUCUUGAGGAUGAUGGAUUGUGGAAUUGAACCAGAUGAAAUCACGCUAGCUAGUGUGGUUAGUGCGUGUGCUAGCUUGUCGGCAAUCAAGGAAGGCAAACAGGUUCAUGCUCGUGUUGCGAAAUGCAUUAAGUUGAGGGAUGAUCUUGUCUUGUGCAAUGCAUUGGUUGAUAUGUAUGCAAAAUGCAGUAGAAUCAAUGAAGCUAGAUGUGUUUUUGAUAGGAUGCCAGUUAGGAAUGUUGUGUCUGAAACCUCAAUGGUUAGUGGGUAUGCAAAAACAGCCAGUGUGAAAACAGCAAGAUUAAUGUUUAUGAAGAUGAUGGAGAGGAACAUAGUGUCUUGGAAUGCACUUAUUGCUGGCUAUACACAAAAUGGGGAGGAUGAAGAGGCUCUGAGACUCUUUCGCCUCCUAAAGAGAGAAUCUGUUUGCCCAACCCAUUACACCUUUGGCAAUCUAUUGAAUGCUUGUGCUAAUCUUGCUGAUUUGCAGCUUGGAAGGCAGGCUCACACACAUGUCUUGAAGCAUGGUUUUCGCUUUCAGUUUGGAGAGGACUCUGAUAUUUUUGUUGGUAACUCUCUCAUAGACAUGUACAUGAAGUGUGGAUCAGUUGAAGAUGGUGACCAGGUUUUCAAAAAUAUGAUGGAAAGGGAUUGGGUCUCAUGGAAUGCCAUGAUAGUUGGAUAUGCACAAAACGGAUAUGGGAAUAAGGCUCUUGAAUUGUUCAAGAAUAUGUUGGUAUCUGGGGAGAAGCCAGACCAUGUCACUAUGAUUGGUGUUCUUUGUGCUUGUAGUCAUGCUGGGUUGGUUGAAGAGGGGCGAUAUCAUUUCUCCUCUAUGAGCGGUGAACAUGGUUUGGUACCUUUGAAGGACCAUUAUACAUGUAUGGUUGAUUUACUUGGUCGAGCUGGUUGCCUCAAUGAAGCGAAGAAUUUGAUAGAGACAAUGCCAAUGAAGCCUGAUGCUGUUGUUUGGGGAUCUCUGCUUGGUGCUUGUAAAAUACAUCGUGACAUUACUUUAGGGAAGUAUGUUGCAGAGAAGCUUUUAGAAAUUGAUCCUAGCAACUCUGGACCCUACGUUCUUCUUUCAAACAUGUAUGCUGAGCUUGGAAAAUGGGGAAACGUUGUUAGAGUAAGGAAACUGAUGAAAAAACGAGGAGUAAUCAAGCAACCUGGUUGUAGUUGGAUUGAGAUACAGGGUCAUGUAAGUGUAUUCAUGGUGAAAGAUAAAAGACAUCCUCAGGGGAAGGAAAUCUAUUCAGUUUUGAAUGCCCUCAUAAAACAGAUGAAACGAGCUGGGUAUCUGCCAGAUGCUGCUGAUCAAGAAGCUUACGAAGAGGAGAGUGAAUCUAAAUUAGACUUUAUCUUACAAAAGGAAUUUGCCACCUAGUUCUGCGGUUGGGUAAUAAGUUUUUUAAGUGAUUUUGAUCAAAAUGAUGCUGCUCUUACAUAAUAUUCUGUUUUGUUCAAAAUUUUGCAUUCAUCACAUUGUCUUUUCGCAUGCCUGUCCUUACAACAGGAACAAGAAGAAGAAAACAAAAAUAAUUAAUAUUUUCCCCAAAGACAACCUUCUUGAGUUUGAUAGCUAGCCCUGAUUGAUCCUAAUUCAAACUAAUUUGUUCUUAUUGAGUACUAUUUUGUUAGCAAUCCAUAAACAAUUGAAAGCAAAAAGAAAGAAAAUAAUCCUUGUUCUAUCUCAGUACUAUAUCUUUGAAACAACUUUAACGUUUGUCAAAUGGGCAGGUGGAGGUGGAUCAUAGAUGGGCUGAAUCAUAGUUAUUAAUUUACUUGUUUAUGACCUAUUUAAAUAGUAGUUGAAUGGCCAACCCAUCCGUUACCCAUUUAUGGCAGGCAGGGUUAAAUCUCCCUGUAUUUAUUUUACCUCCUUCUCUUCCUCCUACCACAAUAGCCAUACUCUUAGUAGAUUAAUUUAAAAAACACAACUGUUGUCACUCACUAUGUUGCUCAUUUAUAAAAAGUCCAUAACUACAUGCUUCAGUUGCUUGUUCUUUGAUCCUUUACUCAGCAAUGUCAUCCAAAUUUUUUUACUCUGUGGAUUCAGGAACACCUCAUUUGUGUAUUGGCAAUUGCAGCUAUCUUGUUUAGUAAAGGUAGAAAAUUUAGAACUGUGAAACAACAAAGGUAGAGAAUCUAGAUGACAUAUAAAUACCAAUGAGUAUUUUCUUAAACACUCUUGGUGGAGUUUUUUAUUCUGCAAGCAUGUUUUUAGGGUUUGCGCAUGUUUAUUUAGUAACUAUGUUAAAUUAUUUAUUUCAUUAAUAAUAGCUUAUGGACAUUUUGCAACCUUCUAAAUUCAUUGUGGAGUUAAAAAAAUUCCACCCCAAUUUUAUAGGAUAAUUUUCUUAUGUAUGAACAAAAACUUUUCUUCACUGCAAAAAUCAAGGUCAAAUUGAAUGCCUUUUCUCUUUCCUUACAAGGCAAGCUUGUGGUUACUUUGUUAAAACAUACCCUUCCCAAUCUAUUUACUCGAAACAUAUAUCUUUCUCUCAAGUCUAAUUACUAUUGGUAUGAGUAGAUUUACAGCAGUUAACAAAUCUAGUAGUCUCUUUUCAUUGCUUUUUUCAUGUUAUCUUUCCCCUGUUCUUGACUUCCUAUUAUUAACCUUUUUGAAAUGUUUGCUUCAUGAGAUUAUUGGUUAUGGAAGUAGAAUAUCUUUUACUUCUGAUUUUGUUUCAGUCUGGUGUUCUUAUUAUUGCUUACUAUGCUGCAAAACUUUGAUGAAAUUUCACUCUGGUAUCAAGCCUUAAAAGGAGAAGCCUUCCUAGUUAUACUACUGAAAUUAGCUUGGGCAGCUCAUGUUAAUGAUUUUUUGGAAGGAGAAAAAUGCCAGGUACGUGUUUAAUAGAAAAGAAGCAAUGCUUUCUGGAAUCUUCUGGCUUAGAAUGUAGAGUUCUCAUUCUUGAUAAGCUUCUGCCUUGACAGUAAGCAAUCUUGUAAUGCUUUGUUUUUUGUUAAUUUGGUUUUGGAUCUUUUGUAUUUCUUCUGCUGCCUUUGCAUAUAAUCUUUGACAAGGA